AUGGUAAUUAGUUAAAUGUCAAAACAAACUUAUAAAUUUAAGAGCCUAGGUUCUUAUUUAUUUAGAAUUGAUAAUUUUGCUGUAGUAGAAAAUAUUACAGUUCCAAAGAUAGGUUAAGUUUUAGCUUAAGUUGGAUCGAUUAUAUCAAUAAUCUUUUUGUUGAAGUAUCUUGCAAUAUAUUAUAAUAAAAUGUUAUUAGAAAAUCAAUUACUCUAUGAAAUAGUCUCUAUGUAUUAUCCAGAAAUUUAAAAAAUCAAAUUGAACUAUUUCAAAUAAUUUGAAAUUAAGCAAAAUUCAUAAAAUAAUAUUGAAAGUUAAAAUAUUAAAUAUCAGUACACAUCUUUUAUUAAAAGAGCCAAAGAAAAAUGCAGAUUGAAUAACAUCUUAUAUGAAAUAUCGAGAUUAUAAUUUAUUAUUUAAUAAUAAUUUGGAAAUUAAGUUUUGCAAUAGAGUCAUUAAAUGGGAGGGAAAUUGUCUAAUAAUUUUGUGGAUCAUUAAAAUAGUAAGGAAUCAAAUAGAUUAACUGUUAAACCAGUUAAUUCUAUAGAUUUAGAAAAUGAUUAUGCCUUUUUGGAUCCAUUAGAAAUAUUAUCAAAAUAACCAUGA